CACUUCCUCCUUUUCCUUGGAUUCAUCCUCCACGAAGUUUUCCGUUCUUUCUCCUCUCUCGGGGUGCAGCCAAGUUGUUGUUGUUUUGUUUUUCAGACAAAGUGCCGUUUAAAAGGCCGUCAUGUCCCCGCCGUCUCGACGGCUUCAAACGAAGCCGGUGAUAACCUGCCUGAAGACUUUCCUCAUCUCCUACAGCCUCAUAUUCUGGUUCACAGGCGUGAUCCUGCUGGCCGUUGGAGUGUGGGGGAAGGUCAAACUGGAGGCCUAUUUCUCCCUGGACUCCGACAAAAGCACCAAUGCACCAUAUGUCCUCAUUGGGACAGGAGCCACCAUCAUUAUUUUCGGACUGUUUGGUUGUUUUGCUACCUGCCGUGGCAGCCCGUGGAUGCUGAAACUGUAUGCUAUGUUCUUGACCUUGGUGUUCCUGGCUGAGCUUGUGGCAGGUAUUUCCGGCUUCAUUUUCAGGCAUGAGAUCAAGGCCAUAUUGGGGGAAGUUUUUGAAAAAGCUGUGAAGAACUACAACAGCACCGACACCACCAGCACGACCAGCAAAGCAGUUGAUGUCAUUCAAAGGACAUUGCAGUGCUGCGGUGUGAAAAAUUACACCGACUGGGGUGACACGGCUUACUUUAAGGAGAACGGCAUUCCUGAAAGCUGUUGUAAUGUCAGUGCUAAGUGCACACCUGAGGACCGGAAAGCCCUAGAGAAGGCGGGGAGCGUGGUGUACACAAAGGGUUGCUUCGUUCAUGUAGCUACUGUGAUGGAGGACAACCUGGGAGUCAUUGCAGGAAUUUCUUUUGGAAUCGCUUUCUUCCAGCUCAUUGGAAUAUUCCUGGCCUGCUGCUUGUCUCGAUACAUAACCAACAACCAGUACGAGAUGGUCUGACGCCGUCCCUCCACAGGCCACUGAUGUGCAGCCCCUGGUGCCAAACAAGUUAAAAGAAUCUCGUGAUUUUUAAUAUUGUGUGUUUAGUUACUAUUUUAGAGAGGGAAAAAAAUUGCUUCUUUUAUUUGACUAACCAGCGAUGGACAGCAGAAGGGAACAGAACCAUCCGGAAGGGACAGAAUCUGCUGUGUAGUUUGACCAGGAAAGGGGAAAAAAGGGAACCAAUAUUUCAGAGCUGUCCGUGUGAUUUCCAUGAUGCAUAGAUACUCUAGUUUGUCAACAUGUUUCUUUUCUUGUCUUUAGAUAUUGCAGCUUAUUUUGUAAUUUUGCUAAACUCAUUCUGUAGUUUAAAGUAUAAAUGAUAUGUGUUAAAUGCGUAUUUCUGUGUAACCAGAGUUUUCCGCCCUGAAAAGGAAUGAUUUACAGCAAAGAUGUGUGCAGGAAGUUGUGUUGAUGGUGAGCCUUAUGGUGUCAGUCAUGACUUCCAAGCCAGCUUCACAUUGCAGUGCUCAGUGUUAAAUUGUUGUUCAUUGUGAAUGCAUGUGUGAAAUAUAUGGAAAAAUAAAUAAAUAUGAUAUAUAGUAGCUUCA